AUGGAUGGGAAGAUGAAGAGUGUGGCUUCAAUUCCGGCUAACUACGUAUCCAUCCUUCAGCUUCAGGAGCGAUGGAUGAAGGAGAAAGAAGGGAAACACAAGGAAAGAGACUUAGGAGUGAAGCAGCAGGAGGUUAAUGAACAACGAAGAAGAGAAGAAGCUGAUGUCUCUGCGGUUGUGAGCAAGAAGAAGGAGGAUGAAGAUGGAGAAUAUUCGAGAAAGAAAAAGAAGAAAUGGUCUAAGAAGAAGAAACAAGGUGGUUCUGUGAAGGAGGUCGUCAAGUCUGGAACCAAGGCAUACAUCCCGAGGGAGAUUAAUCCGUUGAAAGAGGAGAUUCCAGGAGAUAAAACUGUUCAAAACAUAGAGAAAGCUGCUGCUAGUAAUUCGAUUUCUGUAGAAACUCAGUUUCAGCAUCUUUGGAUCAAGAAGAAAGUGGAAGAGGAUGGAAGAGACAGAGAAGUCAAGGAACCUGCAAAAUUGAACAGGGGACAAGGUUAUUACAGAAACCAGAAACAUGAAACAAGCGCUAUGAUGUGGGUGAAGAAAGGAUAG